CGUGAAGAGAGAGUUGACUGAGAGGUGCUCUCUCUGAUGUAAUCCUGAUCUCAUUGGCCACAGAUCAAGCCCGUCCUCCCCGGCUCUCACACUGUUGCUCCCGCGACAAAAACAGCGACUGGACAUGACAGCAGCACGGUGACAACAUUAAAGAGCACCCAGAAAGACACUUAAACCCAUACAUAUGUCAAAUUGGACCCAAUAAUGGGCUUUAUCUCACAUUUUCUCUGUAUCAACGGCGGCCGCCUCUUGCCUACUGCUGUUCUGCCCUGAGCGGCUUCAGGCUAAGCUAGCGCGCUACAUACAUCCAGAUCACUUCCAAAGCACGGGAUUUAUUUGAAGCAUUAUAUUACUCUAGAUUGUCUCGGUAUUUUUGUUUUUCCGAACACGUAAGUAUGGCUCACACGGGUGGAGCGGAAGUCGCGGGUGGAGGGAGCGGCAGCACGGGGCAACUGCGCUCCCGCCUCGGCCUCCGGAGCGGCUCGUGCUCAGCUGAGAGUCAGGAGCAGCUUCGCGCGGUGAAAGCAGCGCUGCUUGAGCGGUUGGGACCGCACGAGCGCCUGCUCACAUACCUGCAGUCUGUCCUAUUGUGGGAGAGACCCUUUCACAGCGUCCUGCUUUACACGGCCGCCAAUGUCAUGUUCUGGUUUUUUGCUCUGAGCUCUUUGAGGUUGCUCUUUCUGCUGGCAUCAGGUCUGGCUCUGGCUGUUUGUGUCGACACUUGGAGGAAUAAGAUCUGGCCUAAGAUCAGAGUUAAAAGACAAGAUGAGAGUGAGAAUGAAAGCUGGGGUCUGGUGCAGCCUGGGACUUUGAGUGUGCCUGAAUUAUGCCACCACCUGGCUAAAGUUUGGGUUACAGGCUCUUCCUGUGCAACAGAUCUUGUGCAGUUCAAACGGCAAAAUCCAGGGAAGUUUUGUAUGCUGGUUUGUGGUCUGUUCACCUUAGUGGCCACGGUGGGGCGCUACAUCCCUGGACUGGUGCUGUCAUACAUGGCUUUGAUGGGUGUGUUGCUGUGUCCAUUGGCUCUGUAUUAUCGGCUGUGGCAGCUUGCAUGUGUGAAGCUGGAGCCAGCCCUGCAGUGGCUGGACUUCAGCGCCAAGGGAUACAUGAUGUCAAAGCCUAUAGAUAACCAGUUUCUUCGUAAGCCCAUCAGAAGCGGGACCUCAGAUGACGCUAGUGACAGCGAAGAAGAACUGGCUGCAUUCUGCCCAUCGUUUGAUGAAGCAGCGGUUGCUAAGGAGCUGGCACUGACUGACUCUGAGCACUCAGAUGCUGAGGUGUCGUACAUGGAUAACGGCACCUUUAACCUCUCCAGAGGUCAAACACCCCUAACAGAUGGCUCAGAGGAUCUAGACAGACACAGUGAUCCAGAAGAAUCAUUUGCCUGUGGGCUUCCAGACUUCCCCUCCAUCAACCCAGAUGCCACCCUGAUGGAGGACGAUGAUGAUGCCAGCAUCGGGCUGCCCAGUCUUAACUCAGCCGCACUCUCUGGCCCUCGCGGCUCUACCUCUGCCCUGCUGGACAUGGACACUCAGAUGGACUCUGAUCAGGAAGACUUCGACCCUGAGAUCUCCUUUGGCUCCCUAAAUACUACCUCUGACCUCACUAGUAACUUGGCAGGGGUCAUCGCCAGCAACAUGAUCCAGGCAGCCAUCGCAGGAGCCAUGCAGCCCCGCCCACCGCAGGGUCCUCGGAGAGAGAGCGGCCCACGGGCAGGAGCUGCUCCGAGGGGAUACAGAAAGCAGUCAAGCUCGGAGCUGGACACAGACCUGGACUUUGAUGGCGAGGACUUUGAGAUGUUGGAUCAGUCCGAGCUGAACCAGUUGGAUCCUUUUGGAGGGGGGCAGGGGGGCCAAAACAGAACCCAGGGAUCCAGUUUCCUUUCCAAUUUACUGGGGAAGCCACAGUGAGCCCAUCUUGCAGAUACUCCCUCCGUCUGUCUGCUCCUCAUGUCCCUUGCACCUUGAUCCGUGUAGAACAGUGGUCUCAAACUCAAUUCCUGAAGGGCCACAACUCUGUAGAGUUUAGUUCCAACCAGCUCCAUUUACUUGGAAGUUUCUAAUAAUCCUGAAAGACUUGAUUAGCCGGAUCAGGUGUGUUUGAUUAGGGUUGGAGCAAAACUAUGCAGAGCUAUGGCCCUCCAGGAAUUGAGUUUGAGACCCCUAGUGUAGAAGUUUGCAGUGUUGGUUUGAAUGUCUACUGAGAUGCUUAACAUUUUUCUGAGUGAGUGCGACGAAGAAAGAGUGUGUUUGUUUUGCACUGUUAUUGUAAUAUUAGAUUCACUUGCCAGGUUAGUUACACUGGCUGCAGUUGAUAUCACUGUGAAGUAAUCUUGUUUGUAAUCUGAAUCUUCUUUGCUCUGUGAGCUUCCGUGUCCUCUUUCAUUCGUCUGAGAGUGUAUGACACUUGUGUGUGUGAGACUCAUGAUUUACUUUGUAGGCUAAGCAAUAGGACAACGAUCAUAGAAACAUUUAAAAAGAUCCAAAAUCUCUUUAACUUCUUAGAAACCAGCAAAACAAACAUCAAACCUUUUUACUACAUCCAAAUCUUAUAGAUCUUUCACACCAGUCACUGUAUUGUUUGUCUUCAAUAAUAACCCGUGGGACCAAAUCAGGCAUUCCACCAUCGCAUGUAAGAAAGAUUGUGAAAUCUACAGUCUGAGGAGUCUGAUGAAGGAGCAGUGACAUAUUAAGGCAGCAACCUCAUCUCAUGUUGUUAAAGUGGUAGUUCACCCAAAAAUCUUAAUUCUGUCUUCAUUUACUUGUACUCGUGCCAUUUCGAAACCUGUAUGACAUUCUUUCUUCUGUAGAACAUAAAAGAAGAUA